UGUCUCUUUCUCUCCCCCCCCCCCCCUCUCUCUCUGUCUCUCUCUGUGUCUCUCUCUUUCUCUGUCUCUCUCUCUCGCUCCGUGUGUGUGUGUGUGUGCGCGCGCGCGCGCAGGAGUCUCUCUCCACACAUCGCAGCUCAUGGAUCUUACAUGCAUAGUAGUGUCAGUGCUGCUCCAGUGUGUGAGCGCGGCGUGGGCCCGAGUGCUCCUGCUGACGGACAUGUACGGAACCAUCCACUCGCCCAGCUUCCCCGAGCCGUAUCCGAUGGACAGCGACAUACAGUGGAAUAUCAGUGUUCCGGAAGGACAUCAGAUUCGCCUCUAUUUCAUGCACUUCGACAUCGAGCCGUCAUACCUGUGCGAGUAUGAUUAUGUAAAGGUGUACUCAGAGAGUGAGGAGCUAGCAGUGUUUUGUGGAAGAGAGAACACGGACACAGAACGGGUUCCUGCUGAGGAUAUUAUCUUAUCACCAGGGAACAUUCUCAGUGUGGCGUUUCGCUCAGACUUUUCCAACGAGGAGCAUUACUCUGGGUUUGAAGCGCACUACAGUGCAGUGGAUAUAGAUGAGUGUAGAGAUAAAAACGAUGAAGUUGGGGCCUGUGAUCACUUUUGUCAUAACUAUAUCGGCGGCUACUACUGCUCCUGUCGAUACGGACACCUGCUUCAUUCUGACAACCGGACGUGCAAAGUGGAGUGCAGUGACAGCGUAUACACCGAGGGUUCUGGACUGAUCACCAGUGUAAAUUUUCCCAAGCCAUACCCUAAAAGCUCGGACUGUCUCUACCGAAUCAAGCUGGAGAAGGGUUUCUCGGUCACUCUGGAUUUCGAUGAUACUUUUGACGUAGAAGAUCACCCCGACGUCAUCUGCCCCUACGACUACAUCAAGAUUCAGGCAGGAGAGAGCUCGUUCGGCCCGUUCUGCGGAGACAAAUCGCCUGCCAGGAUCCAGACAGGAAGUAACACUGUGAGCAUCUUGUUUCACAGUGACAACUCAGGAGAGAACUUGGGCUGGAAGUUCACCUACACUUCUACAGGCAGUGAGUGUGCAGUUCCUAUGCUGCCACCUAAUGGUCAUUUGGAGCCAAGACAGUCUAAGUACUUUUUCAAAGAACACAUCACGGUGACCUGUGACCCUGGCUAUUCGUUGCAAAAGGACGGAGAGGAGUUUGAGCAUUACCAGAUAGAGUGCCAGGCGGACGGAAACUGGAGCGGCCGUGUACCUCUCUGUACAAUGAUUGACUGUGGUCCCGUGGAUGGACCUUUAGGAGAUGUGGUGUAUACUAACUCCAGCAAGAGUACCACCUUUGGAUCCAGGAUCCUGUACAGCUGCAAGAGCUCUCCUGGAGAACAGAGUGCAUACACGUGUGAUCGGAGAGGCCUGUGGACGAACGAGGACGGAGCCACGCUACCUACAUGCCAAACAGAUGUGGAGAACAACACACAGUCAGAUUCUGAAUUCCAGUUGCCCCGUACGACAGCUAAAGCCCAAGCAGUAUGCGGCGAGGAGUCACGGCCCUUCCCAUCCCACCAAAAGCGGAUCGUGGGCGGACGUGCAGCAUUUCCAGGUCUUUUUCCCUGGCAGGUUCUUCUGUCCGUGGAGGAUACGUCCCGGGUUCCUACAGGUCGCUGGUUUGGUAGUGGUGCUCUCCUGUCCUCGGCGUGGGUGCUCACAGCCGCGCACGUGCUCCGCAGACAGCUCAGGGACCUGUCUGUUGUUCCUGUGGCUCCCGCACAUGUGCAUGCUACACUGGGCCUCACGGACGUCCGGGAUAAAAAGCUGGCCGUCAACCGCUCUGUCGAGAUGCUUAUCCUCCAUCCAGAUUUUGAUCCGCACAACUACAACAACGAUAUCGCCCUGGUCAAACUUAGCCAAGAGGUGGUGCUGAAUGAGCUGGUGAGGCCGGUCUGUUUGCCUCCACCAUGGGUCAAAGGUCAGGCUCGUACACCUUUGCCUAACACGUUGGGCGUGGUUGCUGGUUGGGGGAUCAACAUGCCUAAUACCUCUGCCUCGUACAGUGGGAUAACCUUCGAUCUUGGUGUCGUAUCCGAGGUGCUGCACUACGUGAAAUUGCCGGUCGUAGCGCAGGACGAGUGUGAAGCCAGCUACACCUCUCGUUCUACAAUCUACAACAUCACCGAGAACAUGUUCUGUGCCGGGUUCUACGAAGGAGGACGUGAUACGUGUUUAGGAGACAGCGGGGGAGGGUUUGUAACAAAGGAUCCCCACAGUGGGAGAUGGGUAGUGCAGGGUCUCGUGUCUUGGGGUGGGCCAGAAGGAUGCGGUAGUCGGCAGGUGUACGGGGUGUACACCCGAGUGGCAAAUUAUGCGAGCUGGCUGCACAAAACGAUGAACACAGAGUGCUGGUGGUGACAGACGCAGACGUCCAGUGGGAUCUCUGCGUCUUAACGUCUAUCUUCAUUCCUCUGUCUAUAACUGUCUUUUAAUAUACGGCUUCUUUUGUGUUCUUCGAACAGCCUCUGUAUUGUACAGCGCACGAUAUUCAUCCCAUCAUUAUUUAUGACUAUGAUUAUAUGGCGUCACGUGAUGUAACUAUUAACAGUGUGAUUCGAUUUGUAACUAAUUUACUCGCAUAUAACGGAAAGAACAAUAAAAUGAAAUGAAAUGUGA